GGAACAGAGUGAAUAAUAAAGCACUGGAGGAUAGAAACAGAGAGAAGGCUUUUUCUGUACUCUCACUUCAUUCAUACAUCCAUGAUGCUUCCUUCUUCCCAGGUGGUGGGACAAUGACGUCGGCUUCUUCAUGGUUUCAUCAUUAUCUCCCCUCCCCCUUCAUCCAUCUCCCACUACAGCUGGCUAAGCCAACCACAAACCAACACAGCUCCCUGCAUCAGAGCAGAGGGAUUUGAAGAUUGCACCCUCACAUUUGUAAUCAGGAUUAUCUCUACUCCUCCAUCUUAUCCAGAGUGAGAGGAUGCUGAUGGCAUGAAGAGGGAGAGGAACACCGACCGCUCACUGAAGAGUGGAGUUAAAGACAGAAAGAAGGUCACCAGUAAAUGUGAAGAGGGGGAGGAUAUAUGAUUUCUAAGGACACCCCUUUACCGAUCGCACCACAAAACCAAGCACCUGAGAGGAUGAACAGGAUAGAGGCUCAGCAGCACGAGGAACGCUGUGAAAGAACAAGUCAAAGUCAAGAUGGAGUUUAUUUGUAAUGCUGAUCUUCUGGAUACCGUUGGUGCAAUGGACUACACAUUCAACAGAUCUUCCAUGGCACAAGUUGGACAUCCUGGGGAAGACCCUCCUUUUGAAUCUAACAAGAGUUCAACACAAGACAGAAAACCUUCCAGACCUGCAGGAGAAUCAGUUUACAACAGUGUGAUCUGUUCACAUCCGUUUGCAGCCUCUCCUACCAGAAAUACUAAGUGUAGCAGCCCAAGGCCCCACAGAGGUCCUGCUGAAAAGCAACUAAGUGGAUCAGAACACUGUGUAAUUCCCAGCCAGUCUCCUUCUCUGUCAGACUCAUGUCCACUUUUACACCACAAGGUUGUUAUAAAGACUACUAAUGACAAUGAGGCUGGCAGCAGUUUUCUCAGUAUGAAGCUGGAUCCGUCUUCUGUUCUCUCAGAUAAUUUACCCGUGGUUAAAAAUGGAGUUGUCCUUCAGGCUCCAGAUGGUUGUAGACUUGGUGUUGAUGGAGAAAAGAAGGCUACCACCACUGAGACUGAGACUCAGUCCAUGUUAGCCUGCAAGCAACCCAUGCAGGUGCACCAGUGCAACACCAUCACCACUUUCUGUAGAGAUGCCGGCAGCAGGGAGGGUUGUGUUCAUCCGCCUCAGAGCAAGUGUGUCUGCAAGACAGCUGGAAACGUAGGGGGUCUUGAAGACGAGCGUCAUUUCACUGCUAAAUGUGACAAGGCACUUUGUUAUGGCUCUUAUGUCCAACACAACCUUUCUGAAGACACAUUUGCUGCUUACUGCCACCCCCAGCCCCUCCCAGCCCCCUCCCAGCUACUACCAUGCCUGGCAGGCAUUGAGCCAAUUUGCAAGGUUCAGCGUGCAGUGACUCCGCCUCCGGCAGCUAACCAUCUCACCCCACCUCGCCUUACCUCCUCUGUCAGCGACACAGGCUUGGAUGCUAAACAUCAGCUGCAAUGCUGCAGCCUCAAAUGCUCUUGGAUGAGCUCCCUGCCACCUUUUACAGGCAUGCAAUAUCCGAAACACCUCAUCAGAGAUGAGUGCUGCACCAAUGCACUCUCCCAAGCCAGAACCAUGACACAUGACAUUGGAACAAUGACAGUCCAUAAAGUUCUGAGAGACGUCGGAGUGCAGACGGGUCGGACAGUCACUUCUCACGUAUUCCCUCAGAUCUUUCUGGCAGACAAUAGCAAAAGCAAGAUUUUCUGCACUCAGACUGCAUACACUGACAGAGAUGGAGGUAAGAAAUCAGGUGAUGCUCCCAAGUCACCUGUGAAGGAAGUAAAGUGGGAUGCAGAGGGGAUGACAUGGGAGGUGUACGGGGCCUCUGUAGACCCCGAGGAGCUGGGUCUGGCUAUUCAAAAACACCUGGAGUUACAGAUAAAGGAGACAACAAGCCGUGUAAACAAGAUGUCACACCAAAACACCAGUUCAACUGGACAGGACCGGAAAGUCAGCUGCCAGAGGAAGAGUAUCCGUAUGAUGCUGUCCAUCCGAGCACCAGCCUGCUGCAAGCGCAGCACCACAGCUGCUGACUGACCCGUCAGCAGAGGGAACCGACUGGACCUCAACACUGUGCUUCAUAGCCAGAACAGUUACCAAGAGCUUCAGCCUCAUACACAUCUGAUCAGAAGGUGUAAGAAAAAUAAUAUAACCUGCAUUCUUAUGAAGUCAGGCCUGUGUACCAAAGUUAAUGGAAAAAAUGCAAAUGUAAUAUGUGAUAAUUAACAGUCAUUACAGAAAAGACUAAUCAUAUGCACAGAGACUGGAUAAGAAUUUCCACACCAACAUUUGAUUUUUGUUCCAUCAUUCAUUGUUUAUGGAGUCAUUUUUCAUCCGUCUGUCCAUUUUCUGCCUCUUAUGGAGCCUCGUCAUAGAGGCAAGAGGCUAAACAGAUUCCCAGACUCCAGUCUUUCCAGCCACCUUCUCCAGCUCUGCCGGGGUACACCGAAGUGUUUCUAAGCUAUUUAAGAAACUAUGGGUCUGCAUUCUCAAAUGCAUUCUGACCCAAACUGCCUGA